AUGUGUGAAAAUCCAAUAAAUCCCAAACAAAAACUACGAGAUACAGGCAAUUUAUGCCGUGAAGAUUUCGAUGGUGGACCCAUAAGUUUGGAUGAAAUCGAGCCGGGACUAUAUUUGGGAAAUUUAACUGCUGCUACCCAUAUGGAAACUUUGCGUUCAUUUAAUAUUUCGUAUAUAUUAACGCUGGACUCAAUACCAUUGCCACAGCACAUAACGGAGGCAUCAUUCCUAACCACAAAAUAUAUACACAUCGCCGACAUGCCCAAGGAAGAUAUUUUACAUCAUCUCAAUACUUGCUAUGAUUUCAUCAAUGAAGCUCUUACAACAGGCCAUAACAUUCUGGUGCAUUGUUAUUUUGGUGUUAGUCGCAGUUCAUCCGCAGUUAUUGCCUAUAUUAUGAAACGUCACAAUAUGGACUACAACACAGCCUAUGAUUUCGUAAAAUCGAAACGGCGUUUUGUACAACCAAAUGCUGGAUUUGCUGCUCAAUUGAAAUUAUGGCAUCGCAUGGGUUGCAACAUCGAUCCACACUAUCAAAAAUAUAAAAUCUAUCGUUUACGUUUGGCUGGUGAUCAGGUGCGGAAAGCCAAAAUUCUUCCACCCAAUUUCAAUGAUCUGAUAAAACCCGAUCCAGCAAUAACCCAAGAAAAUCCCGAACCCAUUGUUUACCGUUGUCGCAAGUGUCGUCGUGUUUUGGCAUCAAAAUCAAAUGUUUUACAGCACACGGCUAAAAAUGUGGCACAAGAAAAAGUCAACGAUAAUGGUAAUACAACUAUGAUGAGUGCAGAUAAAACCACAGACCAAACAACUGGAACAGGUGUUGGUGGUGGUGGCGGCGGGGCUCCCCGGCUGUUGGAACAAAUUGCCCAGCAAAUACGUAAAGUUUCAUUGGCAUCACCAACAACGGGCGGUGAGGAGGGAACACAACAAAAUACCCCCCUCACCUAUUGUCAGAAUAUUUUAUUUGUCGAACCAAUUGCCUGGAUGAAACAUAUUGGCAAUAAUACCCAAGGACGUUUGAAUUGUCCCAAGUGUGAUCAGAAAUUGGGAAAUUAUAGUUGGAUAAAUGGUUGUCAAUGCCCCUGUGGCGAAGAAGUAUCACCAGCAUUUUAUAUGAUACCUUCCAAAGUUGAACUCUCCAAGGCUGUUCAAAAUGUACAAACCACUUUGUAAAGCAAA